UGGAAGGAUACUGUAUAUGGCUGUUUUUGUAUAAAAGACUUCGUGUAUGAACAAGUUUGCAACAUGAGGCUGGUUUGUAUGCCUCCAUGUUAGCGCCCCUAUGUCCUACUUAGCCCACGCCAGCAAAACGAAAGCAUCACCACCAUGGAAGGCCAUAAUAUAGAAUCAUGGCCGUCCCCGUUAAUCCCAAGUCCCCUGGUGUCCGGCCAGUCAGCGAUUCACAAUGUGAGCGCCUGGACUUUUACAAGCAAGCAGAGCCCGAUUAGCGACUUCACGAAGGCUGUAGAUUUGUCAGCCGAAUUCCCAACGGGAGCUUUCGAGGAUGUUGGUGAAGAAGUCAGCAGUAAGGCUACCUCCGAGGCUAACAAGGUGCGCGGUCAGCGCGAUGUCGCAUACGCUGCGCCAGACCAGGGCCGGAGUCCCCAUAAGCAGCUGCGCCGCCAUUGGGAGAAUGCAGCCUCCCAGUGCACGCCGAGCCAAGCAGCUACCUUUGGCAUUCCGGUCGGAGGCGUCACGCCCGCUUCCCCAGCAGACAUUCAGCAGCAGCUACGUGAGGAGUCGGAGGCAAUUUUGACCAGCUUUCGCCACACGCUGUCACAGUCUAUGACGCUUCGUGAUGACUUCCCGCGGCUUUCCCUGGACGGUGACAGCGUUGGUAACUUCAUCGGAAAUCCCCUAUUUGACACGCCCCCUUCUCCUCAGGAGGGAACGGAGGCACCCUCCAUGGUGAACGGUCACGGCCUCUUCACACCGCCGCCUGUGCCAGGAGCAGCGUACGAUGCCACUGCUACUGCUACCAGCUCCCCGCUACUUGGCGAGGGGACCCAGGAGCCUACAGCAGCUGCGGCAGCUACAGCAGUGCUCGGGCGCGAGACCUGGAUGUGUACCGAGUCUCAUCCUUUCCACCAGGGCGUCCAGCAGCAAUCCAGCUGGGAUGAGGAAGCGGACAACGGCCAGAUGCAGGGAGAGCAGCAAGGGGCGGAGCAGCAGCUGGGAGACCCGCAGCAGCAGGGCUGGCUGCAGUCUACCCCUGGCCUGGUGCUGCCGGGGGCUAACCAGCAUCUGGGUCAGCGCGACCAGCUGCAGCGGCAGCAGCACAUGACAAGCAACGGCGCAUAUGGAAGCAGCAGCACACGCAGCAGCCGAAGUACUAGCCGGGCCAGUCUUGCAGCGCCUAAGCAGCUGCGACUGAAGCUACCUACCGUCGCCGCACCCAACACUGCCGAAUCUGGCAGCGGACGUGCUAGGAGUCAGCGAAGAGGCGCCGCGCGCCGUCAUACAGGUUUGCGCCUGUCCCCUAGGACAGCGUCCGACCCGCCCUCACCAUCUUCCUCCCCCUCCUUCGCGCAACAGCAACAGCAGGGCCUGCAGCAAGCGGUCGGGGCUGCUCCAGCCACGCGCCUUGUGGACUACUCCCCGUCCCUUGUGUCGCCCCCUCAAGCGUCCGAGUGGGCGGAGAGCAAUGCAAGUGUCUCCAGGCACCACGGCAACAGCAGACACGAAAGCGCCAUGGCACGGGGAAGUCAGUCCCGAUACCAGGGCACCGCCCAUCUCACCACACCGCCCUCCCGUUUUGGCCAGCAGCAACCGAGCCGCGUGCAUGACAACGCCCCGGCCGCGGAACUCCUGUCGCCGCCGCCGCCAGCCGCCAGUGCAACGCCUGAGGUGGUGGUGGCGGGGGGGCGCCGUCAGGGCCAUGCACUGCGGAGACCUUUGGCAACACAACAGGGUGCGGACGACCACAUCGAUGGCAGCCAAGUCAGGAGAGGCGUGGAUGGCCGCUGGUGGGCGCGUGCCGCAGCCGCAACGGGUGCUGCCCGGGUCCAGCAAGACCUUGACCAGGGCGCCGCGUUGUCGGAUGACCUGUCUGUGGAAGGCAGCAGCGCUGGCAGCAACGGCGAGGACGAGGGCGCAGCUAACAUGCCUCCCCAUAGCCCCUUGAACCAAAACCCCUUGGUCGAUGGUGCAGCGGCGGUCCCUCUGACAAACGGUGUAGCCCAGCAGCACCCCGACUUCAGUUCGCUUCUGGAUUCACCGGCAUCCGUCUUGACGCCCGGGUAUUACAGCCCCGCCUGGGACCCGCAUGGAAGCCUACCUGGCGAGGGCUCUGAGACUGGUUUUGGAAGGACGCCGGCGCCCGCAAUGGACAAGGAUUUGGGUGGAUUUAGCGACAUCCUGGCUGCUGCCGGCGAGGAGGAGGACGGUGCAGAUGAGGAGCAGCGCGCAGCCGCAGCUGCAGCAGACCUAGUGCCGCCCCAGGAACCGUGGACCGGCGAGUGGGUGUCGCAAGGGCACGCCAACACAUUAGCAGCCGAAGCAGGUCGUGCCGCAGCACAAUCCCUAACUCCCAACGUACAACAGCCGCCGGGCGGCGCUCUCCUUUCAGAUGCCCUGCGUGCCUUGUGUCUGGAGUAUUCCUCGCCACCCGUGCUUGACGAUGAUGUUAGCCCUGGCCUUGGCACCGGUACCGCAUCUGGGUCAAGGUCCAAAGAGGCAUGCUGGGACGGCUGUGUGCCUACGUUCUCGCAGCACCCGCCGCUUCGGUCUCAAAGCCGCAUGCAGGCAAGGUUACAGUCUGCGGAUGACGGAGAUGGGUUUGGCGGCCCAGUACGGCUAUUCGACUUGGCUUCUCAUGGCACGGAGGGCCUCACAGACGUGCCACCUGUUACACCGUCAACACAGCAGGGGCACCAGGAGCCCAAUACCAGCGGUACCGGGAGCAAUGCUGGCCCCGCUGAGGUGGCGCCGGUAGGUGGAUCAGGCACAGAGCAGCCACACAUGGGUCUUGGCUCCUCCGGUGGGGGUGUCCGCGAUCUUCAGGACGAGACCUCUUGGGCAUCUGAGACAGACCGCGAGCUCGCAAGCCAGAUAAGCCGCCAACGGGACUGUCCUUCCUUUCGCCGGAGGACGUGGGAUGCUGGAGCGUCCGUUCUUCCAGGAUCGACGCGUGCAGCGUUUUCGGAGCCAAGUAGUGCGGGUCGGCCUGCAGAUGCGCCACUGUCGCCAUCCAGUGAGUCGUCGCGGUUGCAGCAGGAGCAGGAACAAUACACAGGCCAGAUGCACAACUAUCACCAGCAGCAACCGGCUAACUCUGCCCUAUCGUCGGUGCCAAGUAGCGCCUUCUCCUUUGCCCGACAGCCCCCCACUGAGCAGCCCAGCAGUGGUGAGGGUGAGGGUGCCCGGUUUCAUUCCGAGCUCCGGCCGUCUCGUCGUUCCACACUGGAGACGCCAUCAAGUGGCCUAUCUGACUUUGAUGGAACUGGGUUCUACCAGCAAAUCAGCACAGGCAGGUUCCGCGCUGAUAGCACCGGUGGACGUGCACCUGGCAGCCUCGGUUCCGCCCGCCGGCAGCUGUACGGGGCAUUACCUGUGGCCACAGGGGUACCUGCUCAGGGCGCUGAAGGCAUGGGAGGCAUAUGGCGGGACAAUCCAGCGUUUGAGGACCAAGACGAGGAAGCGAACUCGGCUUCCACAACCCCGCUACCCGGCGCCAACAUCGCCGCUCACCCCAGUUUCGAUGCCAACAACUUGGGUUUGGUGCCCAAGUCGAUAGCCUUCGAGGCCAUUGACGACCUAGUCCACGCCCAGCAGCAGGACCUUUCCUCUCCGCCCAGCAAGCGCCCCGCCGCCCUCACCGCCAAUGGUGCCCUGCAGCAGCAUGAGCAUGCUGAUCUUGCCGAUGAGCUUGUUACUGGGAGCAUGGCUGCCCCCAACGCUGCGUUGCAUGACGGCGUCGCCGGCAGCGAACAGCACAGCGAGGGCAGCCAGUACGGCGGCCGAACCGGCAACCGAAUGAGUGUUAGGGCGCUGUUGGACCGGCUGGGUAUGCGGUCAAGCAGCCGUGAUGACUCGCCCAGCAACGAUGAGGCGGAUGAGGACAUGCGGAGCAUCGGUGUCGACGAUGCCAAUGUUGACCGAAGCAGGUCCAUCGCUGGCGCCGCCGCACAACUACGGGUCGCCGCCGGCCCCGGCACUGUCCUGCCGUCGGGGACCGUAUCCACUUCCUCCAUUGUCGACCCGGAGGUCCGUUCUUUUGUCCGUGAGUUGGAGAACGUCCAAGUGCUGCUCUGGCAGUCCCUAGCCGCAGCCGGAGAAACUGCGCUGUCGCCACCAGGCUCGCUGCUUACCCCGUCGCCGCCAAACACCUCAGCUGCGGCGGCUAGGGCUCCGGCAGCUGCUACCAUUGCUACGCCACUUGGGCUCGGCUCAGCUUUAUACGUAGCCUCUACCCCAGACCACUCCGCAUCUCAGGUGCUGGCGCGCCGCUUUGCCUCCAGCGGCGGGGCUGGGGCUGCUGGUGCCGUUGGAGGGCCGCAGGCCACCCGCAUGGCCGCCGCAGCGAUAGGCAAGGCACUGGGGCGCACCGUGAAGUGGUACCGCGAGAAUCAGGGGCUGCAGCGGGUGAACGAGCAGCUGCGUGGGGAGCUGUCACGGUACCGGGAGAGCCACCAGGACCUGGAGUCUAGGAGCAGGGUCCUGUCUAUGGUGCUGGAGGAGAGCGAACGCAAUGCUGCUCGGCAGAUCACGGGCCAGAAGCGGCAGCUGCUGCAACAGGAGACCCAGCUUGACGCCGCCCAGCAGCGCAUCAACCAGCUGGAGCACCUGCACACGCAGCUGAGCCUGGAGAGGCAGCAGGCGCAACAGCAGGCGGCGGAGGCAGUGGCGCAGGCGGAAGCGCUGGCGAUCCAGGUGGCUCAGCUAGAUGAACGGUUCAGGGCCACCCAGAGGGCGAAGGAGGAACAGCAGCGCGCGGCGGAGGUGGCGGAGGAGGAGGCGAGACAGGAACGACUACAGGUGGAGCAACUCUUGGCGGCGUGCGCGGAGGCGGAGGCGCGCACACAGCAGCUGCUAGCGGAGCUGCGGACCGCUCAGGAGGACGGCUCGAAACGCAUUGAGGAAGCCGAGAGCGCGCGCCAGGCGGCAGAGGUGGAGGUCGCACGCUCCCGGGGGCUCGAAGAGGAGCUGUGGGCUGCGCGUCAGGAGGCGGAUCGGCUUCAGGAGCGCCUCGACGCGGCCGACAUGGCUGCCGCUGCGCAAGCAGAGCAGCAGGAGGCGGAGCUGGAGGCCGCCAGGAUGGCUAUGGAGCAGCUCAUGGCUGAGCGCACGGCGGCGCGGGCAGAAGUGGCUCGGAAGGAGGAGGAGGCGCAGCGCGCGGCAGCAUCGGUAGCGGAGGAGCUGCGGCAGGUGCAGCAGCGCCAUGAAGUCGCGAUCGCGGAGGCGGAAGUAGAGGUGGAGGAGUUGCGGCGGCAGCUGGAGGCGGCAGCAUGGGAGGCCGGGCGUCGUGAAGCGGAGGUGGCUGGGGCGUUGGCGCGCGAGCGCAGCGCACAGGAGGGAGCGGAGAGGAUGCGGAGCGAGCUUGAGGGCCUGCGGCGGCGGUAUGCUGAGCUACAAGAGGAGUUUGCCAGCAAUGACCGUAUCGCUAUGGAGAUGCUCCAGCAGACGGAGGCCUCCCGGCAGGAGGCAGCGGAGCAUGCCUCGCGCAACCAGCAGCUGCGUCGGAAUUUGGACGCGAUGGCUGCUUCUGCCUCAGCAGCCGCGGCGACGCACGCUGCUGCUGUGGCGAGGCUUGAAGCCGCGUUGGCGUCGGAGACCUCACGUGCAAACGAGGCAGGCCUUCGCUACUCCCAACUAGAGGAAGCCCACGCCUCGGAGCUCCUACAGCUUCAGUUGCAGCUCCAAGCUGCCCAGCACGACCUCAAGCAGGCUGAAGCGGACGCAGCGCAGCUACAAGCGACCCAUGGGUCACUGCAACAGCAGCUACAGCAACUGGGUGCCGAGCUGGCGGCUGCGCACCAGGAGUUAGAUGUCAGCCGCCAGCAGCAGGCGCAGCUGUCAGCCGCCCAUGCAGCACAGGUUGAGCAGGCCGGCAAGGAGGCGGCGGAAGCGGCAUCAGCACGCGAGGAGGUGGCUCGGCUACGUCAGGAGGCUGCUGAAGUGCAGUCGCAAGUCAAGGAGCACCUGAUCCAGGAGCGGAGGCUGCAGGAGGAGCUGCAGGCCGUGCAGCAGGAGGUACGAGAGCUGGAGGGCAAGCUUGCCGAUAGCCAGGCGAGGAUUGGGACCCUGGCGGAGGAGCUGCAAGGAGCUCAGGCGGAGCUGGCGGAAGCUCAAGGCACCGUCAGCAGUGUGCAGGGCCGUUUGGAGGGUGCGGAGCAGGAUAAAGCGGCCCUGGCGGAGAGGGUACGGCAGCUACAGGAGGAAAUGGAGGAGGGGCGGGAGCGCUUGGAGGAUGCGGAGCAGGAUAAGGCGGCCCUGGCGGAGAGGGUACGGCAGCUACGGGAGGAACUGGAGGAGAGUCGGCAGCUGGCGGAGACGCGUAUGGAGGAGGUUGGGCGGCUGCAGGACCAGCUGCUGGACAUCCGCGAGUCGCGCUGCCGGCUGCAAGACGACUUGGACGCCACCACCGCUGAGCUCACCAUCACCCAGGCCAGCCUGUCCGAGCACCAGGCCCAGCUGGCGGACCUGCGGUUCGAGCUGCAGUCCCUGGAGGAAGCCGGGCAGCAGCUGACAGCCCAGGCGGAGGCUGCGGAGGCGCGAGCGCGUGAGGAGGCUGGGGCACGCGGCGCGGCGGAGGCGGAGGUGUCGCGACUGCAGGGUGUGGUCGAGGCCGAGCAAGGCAAGGCAGAGACUCUAGAGCAGGAGGUGAGUGCCGCCAUUCGUCGUAACGUGGAGCUGCAGCGACAGUUGGAGGCGGCGCAGGCGCAGCAGCUGGCGGCAGCUGCAGCAGCAGCGGAGGCUGUGAGAGUACAAGCUGAGGCCGCUUGUGCGAGUGCCAGCACGAGCGGCGGUAUGGGGACGGAGGAGCAGGGUGGCGUGGCUGCUAGGCCGCCACAGCUGCAGGCGCUGGCUAUAGACGAGGAGGAGCAGCGGCGGAAAGUCCUGCUCCUCAACGCGGCUGAGGUCGUGGCUUGCACGCCAGACGCCUCUCCUACGGCCGCCUCGGCAGCAGCGCAGCAGGGCAGCGGCUUCCGCGGCAGUGGUGCGCGCUUCUUGGCCAGCAGUGAGGGCGGUGCGCCAUCGGGGCAGCAGCGGCAGCACUCUGUGGGGCGGAGGACAUGGGGCCCUGAGGGUGGGGAGCCGUUUGCUGCCUCACCUCGUCGCACCACGGAGCCGAACAGCCUUAAGCUGGCAAACCAGGUUGUGGCGCUGAUGUCGCAGCUCCACGACCUCAGUCAGCGUCACAAGGACGCGGAGGAGCUGGUGGGCUGCCUCAACCAGCAGCUCGCAACAGAGUGCAGGAGGCGCACGGCAGUAGAGGAGGAGCUGGCGGUCGCCCUUCAAAGCGAAGAGGAGGCGCUGCAGAAGCUGCAAGAUUUGCAGCGGGAGCGCGAGGUGGCAGCGGCGGUGGCCGCAGUAGAGGCGCGAGCCGGCAUCCUAGAUGGCGGCCUGUCGCCAGUCGCGGCUGGGCAAAGGGGAUGCAACGGAAGUACGGCAGAGCCAUGGACGCCCUCGUCAUUGAUGGUGGAGGCAGGGCGGGCUAGCAUGGAUCUCACGGGUUUCAACCUCAGCACCUUUGGGUCGUCCAUGCUAGAGGGCGGCGUGGCUGCGACCCCUCCGCCUACCGCACCCCAUGCCGCCGCACUGCCGUACACCGGUGGCAACACCAGUGCCGGGAGCGGCGCCAGCCUCACCAGCAGAGGGGCCGAGGCGACCCCAGGCACGCCUAGUAGUGUACGAGCGGAGCCGGGAUCUGUGCUGGGACCGCUGGCAGGCGUGUUUCGGUCACCACUUGACGGAGCCGAUCCGCCGACGCCGCUAGGCACAGCUACGGCAAAUGACCUUGGCUGCAGCAGUAGCAUGUUUGGGUACCACGUCGCUGACGGCCCAUCUUCACGUGUUGGUGACUACGCCGGUGGCGGUCCAGGUCCUCUGGGUCUCGCCGUAGCUUCAGCACUGGUACCCUUCCGCAGGGCGACGCUGUCACCAGUGCCGGAGGAGGGAGAAGGUGCCCCCACACCUGGCAGCGGAAGAGCCUGCGGCGCCCAGCUGAUUGGGCACUUGCUGGAGCUGCGGUAUGUCAUGUACCAGCUGGAGCGAAAGGCAGAGAACCUGGGAGCAGUGCUGGGACGGCCCGAGGCUGCGCCGGAUGGUGCGGGCUCGCUGGCAACUCCCGUGCGGCCGAGUCGUCCCUCCGCCGGCUCCUGCUCCGAGAGCACCCUCCGCAACGGCGGCGGUGGCAGUGCUGCAGGUGCAGGUGCAGGUUUCGGCGACGGCUACCCGCUUUCCGGCAACCCCUGCUCGGAGGCUGCGGCGCAGCAGCUCACCUGGAUGGCUGACAACCUGGCGGGGCUGAUGGAGCGGGCGGGCACGGUUUCGGCGCAGCUGGGAGAGUGCCUGGACGCGGCUGUAGCUCUGCAGGAGCGGGCCUCAGCCGCUGCCUCGCCCUCUUCCGUCGCCGCCAGCGCCGGCGUGCUGACCCCACUGGUGGUGCGCUCCAUGGGUGUGGAACUGGAGGGCAUCCUGCGCCAGUCUGAGGAGGCAAAGCAGGAGGCGGAGAGGGUGCUCAGGCAGCAGCAAGCACAGUACUGUGCGGAGCUGGCGCGGCUGCGUGCCGAGGCGGACUCGCACGUGGCGCUGGCGGCGCAGUGGCGGGAGCGCUGGGAAGCAGCGGAGCAGGAACUGCAGGCGGAGCGGCUGCACCGGCAGCAGCAACAGGUCCACCUAGAGUCCCAGUGCGCCGCCCACGAGGUCACCAUUACUCAACUCACCGGCCAGCUGCACCGCCUGCAGCAGCAGCAGCAGCAACUGGUAGCGCAGCUGCAGCGGCAGGAGCAGGAGGCUGCGCGUCAGCAUGCGGAGCAGCAGCGCGGAGGAGGCAGUGAGAGAACGCAACGCGGCAGCAACUCCUCGGUUGGGGUAACGCUAGCGACCUCGGACGGUGGCCGUAGUGGUGGUGGCGGCGCCAGUGCCAACGGAGGCGCAGGAGGGGCUGGUAACGUGCGACGGAGGAGCGAUAGUGAGGGCAGCUGUGCAAGCUGCAGCGGCGGAACGCCGGCUCCCAUUGCGGUGACAAGGGCGGCCGCGUCGGGGGCGGCUACGCAGGCAGAGGGACCUGGUGAACCCGAACGCGGUGCCUCUACACCCACAAGCGCCGCCACAGGAACACGUCGCCGUGGCCGCUCAGGCGACCCCGGCGCAAGUGAUCCAUCCGCACUGGAGCAGCAGCAGCAGCAGAGGGAGUCGGUUGCCGGUGACAGGAACUGUGCAGGGGACGGCAGCUGCGGUGAGGCGCCCAGCGAAGACGAGAUGCGGCUGUGGGUCGGCCUGCUGCAGCUCAUUCAAGCCUACCAUGCAGGUGCCGACCGCAGUGGCAGCCGCGGUGACGGCGGCAGCAACCGCGGGAACAACAACAGCAGCGGACCCGCCCUCACGGAUCCGUCCGCAAGCGCUGCCGCCCCUCUAGCCAUGCUGCUCGCCACCACCUCCGGUGACGCCUCGUCAGCGCUGCAGUCGCUGCAUCCCCACCCGGAGCACUCCCUCUCCCAGCGCGGAGACGCACCACCACCCGGACACAGCUCCGGAAGUGCACGCGGUGGGUUCCUGCCGGCGGCGACGGUUGCGGCUUUGGCGACUUCCAGCGGGCGCGCCGAGGUGCUUGCUCGCGUGUUAGAGCACGCGGAGUUGCUGCGGAAGGAGAAGCACCAUCUCGCGCGAAUGUUGCGGCGGGUGCGGGACGGCGAUGCCCAACUUGCGGAGAAGCUGCGGCGGGAGCAUCAGACGCUGCUGGCCAAGUACACGGAAUUGAAGCUCGCGAGCAGGCUAACCCUGAAACGGCUGGGUCGAGAGAACAGCGAGCUGCACGCGCAAGUGAUGCAGCAGAUCCAGGCGCGCAACGAUCUCAUAGCGGCCAGGUUGGGCGGCGGCGGCAUGGAGGGUGCAGACGGCGGAGGCGAGGGCGAGCGGCGGCUGCUUUUGACGGAGGCCAGCAACGACGCCGCCGCCCCUUCGUCGAUGUAACUUAACUGCUAUGGGGCGGGCACUUCAUGGGCAGCAUUGCACCCAAAGCGGGAUGCAAGCGGAGCCUGCUAUGCGGCUGGAGGUGUGGGAGAUAUUGGGGUUUGUCCAUGAAGAUGGCGAGCGGAGCCUUACAUAGCAGUUCUUUGCUGCGCGCUCAAUGCAAGCCGUUUGAUGGACAUCCUAUGUGCUACGUCGUCCACAUAUGCACGCCCCUUGUUCGUUACAUGAGCACAUGUGUGCAUGUUCUUAGCUGCAGGACGUGUGGACUGCCGAGUGAGCUGUAUGCGUGUACGGCAAGCCUAGUUGCCUUCGUUAAGGCACUGAUGCAGACAGCUGAAGGGUAGCGGGCGGGUAACGGCGAGCAACGCGGCUGGAUACGUUAUUAACGGGUCAUUCAGCGUGCUGAGUUACGCUCCUGCUGCGCGCGCAUGCUGUGCUGGCGGAUUUGGCUAUAACGGCACGUGCGGGUGUUUCUAGGCAGCUUAUGUACCAAAAGAUCAUGGGAAGUAAGCGUUGGCAGAUAUAGUUUUCCAAGGCAACAAAUUGAGUCGUAACAGGACGUGCAGGGUUGCGUUUGACUCGCCCUAUGUGCGAGAGACGGUGGGUAGGGUUCUUAACGUGGUCCUGUGCCGUGCCUUUCCGUGUCAUGCAACGCUAACAUUAUUCCGGUAUAUACGGUAUUCCGUUAGGGUCGUUUGGGAACAUAACGGGCUCCGCAAGGAGCGACGCAGGUUGGGUUACGAGCAACUGCAGAGCAGUGUUCGUACACCGUGGCGACUCAUUUGACGGCGGGAUCUGUCGCGCUCCCUGCCAUUGCUGGGCUUGCGUCGCUGCUGCGCAAUUCGCACCAGCAUUUGCUUACUGCCGCUCGCCUUUAAUGAGCGUGUUGUGAGCGACUUCAGACGCCGCAUGUAACACUUGAGGCAGUGUAGCCCAGGUGACAGUUAAGCCCUGCCUUUUACGGUGCACAUGAUAAUGAGAUGGGUCGUUAGGACUAUGGAAGCAGAGCGCCACGGCUUAGAUUUCGCACCCCUUACGUUUGGGGUAGUGUAGUUUUGGAAUCGGCUCGAUAUUGUGAGCAGAGUUAGGAGGCGUGAGAGAGGUGUGGGGCAAGCGACCCAUGGGUCAAGAGCCUUUCAUAAUACUAGCCAUCCGCGGAACGCAAGGGUUGUCGUACCGUUGGGAAUGGGUUGGGCUACCUGCUGGGCUAACACCGAAG